CGCCAUUGCUAGGGUUUUGGGUCCUUCAUCAAGCUUUCAUCAAUCAUAAUAAUAAUAAUAAUAAUAAUAAUAAUAAUUUACGGAUACACAAAAGAAAAUUUAAUCUCGACAGGCGCCCGAACCCGAAACUGAAAUACGACGCCCACUCUUCAAUGUGGGCUUCAGCAUCGUUGUCCCUUCGAGCUCUCCGCUGUUUCGCUUCUUCUUCUUCUUCAUCCCUUCUUCUCUCCCCUGCGCUCCGGCUCUCCCACCAUAUCCUCCCCUCCACUCUCUCUUCAAACCCUCGCCCUUCUACCCUGAUGCAAAGCUCCACCGCUCAAACUCAUCCUUUCUCCUCCUCCUCCUCCUCCCCAUUAGCUUCAUGUUCUCGAGGACGAGGCCGAGGUUCUAGCUCCAGGGAUGAUCGGUCUCCACGCCGUGGAAGAGGCGGCGGCGUUGAUCAGAUCGAUGCUCUUGGGAGACUCUUGACAAGAAUCUUGCGCCACCAGGCUUCAGAGUUGAAGCUGGAUAUGAGGAGCGAUGGGUAUGUUAGGGUUCGUGAUUUGUUAAUGUUGAAUGUGACGACGCUUGCGAAGGUCCCUUUGAGAUCCCACUCAGUGGAUGAAGUUAAGGAGGCGGUGAGAAGGGACAAUAAACAGCGCUUUGGCCUUUUGGAAGAAAAUGGGGAGCUUUUGAUCCGUGCCAAUCAGGGCCACACAAUAUCGACUAUCAGCUCUGAGAGCUUAUUACAGCCCAUCUUGUCAGCUGAUGAUGUACCAAUUUGCGUGCAUGGCACUUAUAAGAAGAAUUUGGAAUCAAUCUUGCAAUCUGGGCUAAAGCGAAUGGCUAGGUUACAUGUCCAUUUCUCAUGUGGAUUGCCUACAGAUGGUCAAAUUAUUAGCGGUAUGCGGAGAGAUGUUAAUGUCUUGGUCUUCUUGGAUGUCAGAAAGGCAUUGGAAGAGGGCAUGAAGCUAUAUAUAUCAGAUAACAAAGUUAUCCUGACAGAGGGCUUCGAUGGUGUUGUGCCUGUCAAAUUCUUUGAGAAGAUUGAAACAUGGGCCGAGGGACAACCCAUACCUUUUCAAAGCUGAAAUUUUGGAUGGUCUUACCUUCAUGAGUUUGUAAUUUUGAUGUUUUACAUAGGGUAUCAAGUUCGGAUUAAUUAUUGUGAAAAAUGAAACUCGAUACCAAGUCAUGAAGAACAUCAAGUCAAAAUGAUACAUCUUCCACAUUGCGAUGAUUGGUCUUUGUAUACCUGGUUGAUGAGUAUCCAUUUAUCUACCGAGUUCACGGUGGAUGAUUUAGUCUUUUCUCUAUGUAAAAAAGUUUGGAAUUGCUAAUUAUACACUUAGUAUUCAGAUAUGAUAAUUUGUGUUGCUGGCCA